AUGCGACUCACUCGUUGGUUGGAGGACAAGACGGAGGCUCUGUCUCGUUCCUGGUUUCUGAGUAAUACCGCCAUUCAAUACUAUAGCGCCUGUUGUGGUGCAGCAUCCGUGAUAUUUUUUGUCAUCUCGUUUGCUAUUGCCGAUUUUAUACCCCCACCUAAACCCUCCUGGGGCGCUGAGAAGGUGGCGCAGUUUUACCAAGACCACAUUGAACGCAUUCAUGCCGGUGCCGCAAUUAAUAUGAUAGCCGGAGGCUUUUACUUGCCCUUCUCUGCUGCCAUAUCCUACCAAAUCCGCCGCGUUCCCAAGAUGCCAUAUAUAAUUCAUCAAGUUCAGCUGGCCUCAGCAGCGGCUGGUAUCUGGACGUUUAUGCUACCUGGAAUAGUUCUUGCCAUUGCAUCAUAUCGUCCUGAUCGGCCAGUGGAGAUAACUCACGCGUUGAACGACUUUUUUUGGCUCGUUGCAUUUAUGCCUUGGCCUACGUUCAUGGUGCAGAACUUUGCUUUUGCGUAUGCCAUUAUCAUCGACACACGCAAAAAACCCCUAUUCCCCAAGGAACUUGCAAUUGUUAAUAUUCUCAUGCCAGUCAUUUUCUCUCUUGCAACCGGGGCACAUACUGUAUAUAGUGGUCCCUUCGCAUGGAAUGGAGUCAUCACGUUCUAUAUGGUUGGCUUCACGUUUCUUGUGCAAGUUUGUAUGGACGCGGUAUAUCUGGGGCUAGCUGCUCGGGAGGAAGGAAGAAACGAGCAAUUGGAAAAGGACACAGACCCCAGUGGAGCCAUUCAAACAGCUUCAGUCUGA